AUGACUUCUUCCACUCCGAACGAAGAACGCAAACUCUUAGACCCAAGUGAACUUGGAACGAAAGAAUACUGGGAGGCUGCCUACACCCGUGAACUACACAACAACUCCACCGACACCUCAGACGAGGGCAUAAUCUGGUUCGACGAAAGCAAUGCAGAAGACACGGUUCUCCAAAAGCUACAGACCUAUGCAUCCAGCAAUGGCGGCCCUCUUGGUCUCUCAACCACAAGAUUUCUAGAUCUUGGCACGGGAAAUGGCCACAUGCUCUUCGCACUUCGCGAAGAUGAGAACGACGAUGGCGAGCGCUGGGCCGGAGAGAUGGUGGGCGUCGACUACAGCCCGAAGAGUGUUGAGCUAGCGCGGCAGCUGGAUACUCAACGGAGGGAAGCGCUCGAUGACGAUGUGGACUCUUAUGCCAAUGUACGAUUUGAGCAAUGGGAUCUACUGACUGAGGCUGCUGGAGACUGGCUAGGGCAGGGGUUCGAGGUUGUGCUUGAUAAGGGUACAUUCGAUGCUAUUUCGCUCAUGCCGCACUCUGGAGAGGGACCUCAUCCGUGUGAGACUUACCUAUCGCAAGUCGAACCAUUGAUCAAGGCUGGAUGUUUUCUGGUCAUUACUUCUUGUAAUUGGACCAAGGAUGAGUUGGUGGGUUGGCUUGCGCCGGAGGGUGGAGGACUGGCUUUCCGUGAUGAGGCGACGUAUCGGACGUUCACGUUUGGUGGACAGACAGGGCAGAGUGUCGUUACGUUGAUCUUUCAGAGGAAGCCUUGGAAAACACUCGGAGUCUGA